UUAUCACAAGCUGAUUAUACAUAAUGAGAAUAAUUAUCAUGAAUUUAUUAUAAGAUUUUUAUACUUGAUAAGUGAGGUCAAGAUUGUCAAGAGGAAUUACAAUAUAGACUUCAAUGAUAAACUAUUCUUUGAUCUUCAGAGAAUGAUAGCAGUAGUCAAUGCAAUUAUCAAUAUAUAUGCUAAGUUUCAGAAGAUCUGUGCUCAGGCAAUCUUCAAUAGUCAAACUCUCUCUGACACUUCUGCUAUAAAAUUCUCUAUCAUGAAGGAAACUAUGAGCAUCUGUUCAGAUAUUCAGUGCUACUACUGCGAGAAGAAAGAUCAUAUUGCAAAAAACUGUAUUAUGAAACAGAAAUCUCAAUAG